UUGGAGCUCCGAGCUACUUUUGACGACCCUUGCUCCCGUCACUCUUGCAUCCAACGCUCCUUUCAACACGCAACCCUACAACAGUCCGAAAACAAAAUCAUGGCGAAGAGAAUCUAUUUCCUGGCUCACGGCGGUGUGGUACAAGGUGUCGGAUUUCGGUACUUUACACAAAAACGGGCCACUGAGUACGGUUUGACGGGAUGGUGUCGGAACACGGACAACAACAAGGUUGAGGGCGAGGCGCAGGGCGAAGAUGAUGCACUCAAGAAGUUCCUCAAGGACGUCGACCAGGGCCCGAGGUCGGCCAAGGUCGUCAAGCUUGAUCACGAGGACCGGGAUUUGAUCGAUGAUGAGAAGGACUUUUUGGUACGGCGAUAA